UUAAGUUAUACAAAAUGAUAUCAUUUAUGUUCCUAACAUCUUGACUUCACAAAAUGACCAAGAUGGUUUCUGAAAUGUUGAUACUUCCUGUUUCCUUUACCUUAAAAGAGAAUUGGACAUAAGGACACAGAAAUAUAAAAGCAACUGGUCUUAUUUGUAUGGGAGUAUGUCUCAAGUAAGCAUAGCUGUCCUAACCAGUAAAUAACAUCACCUGGCAUUUUGCAAAAGCAUGUCUUUUCAGCUAGUAAGCUUUCAUUACAAGUAUUUGUAGUCUCUUCUUCCACUUAAAAACUUUGAAUAGAAUUUGUGGCUGUAAAGUUUAGGUACUCAGGGAAAGCCAGCAACUGUCUUCUGAAACUGUGUUCAGAAACUUACACAGAAGUAUUUUAUUUGAACUGCAGUAUUUUAUUUGUCUUUUUUUUAAUUAGGAGAAAAUGUGAAGCUUCCCACAUAGUAAUGCUUACCCUGGUUUUACUAUCCCUGCAUUUACUCUCUGGCUGGUCAUAUCUCUUACUCAGUGUAUGCUUUUGUUGUUAACAUAGCCUAUACUAUAGUUUGGAUGAUUAACUUAAAAUAGAUUUAACCUCAAUUUUAAAAUAGAGUUUGAAAUGUUAUGUUUUUAACAAAGAUUCAUGUGGAAUUGUAUAUGUGUACCUGUUCCUAAUUUUUUUGUUCUUUUCAAUAAUAGAAUCGAGUGGAAAUAAAUGAUUUAGACCCUGAGGUUUUUAAAGAAAUGAUGAGAUUCGUUUACACAGGAAAGGCACCAAAUCUUGAUAAAAUGGCUGACAACUUGUUGGCAGCUGCAGAUAAAUAUGCACUGGAACGGCUGAAGGUCAUGUGUGAAGAAGCUUUGUGUAGUAACCUCUCAGUAGAAAAUGUUGCUGAUACCCUUGUCCUUGCAGAUUUGCACAGUGCAGAACAGUUGAAAGCCCAGGCAAUAGACUUUAUUAAUAGGUGCAGUGUUCUUCGACAACUUGGGUGUAAGGAUGGGAAAAACUGGAACAACAACCAAGCAACUGACAUAAUGGAAACAUCGGGGUGGAAGUCCAUGAUCCAGUCUCGUCCUCACUUAGUGGCCGAAGCCUUCCGAGCGCUUGCUUCUUCACAGUGUCCACAGUUCGGUAUUCCACGCAAAAGGCUAAAGCAGUCUUGAGUCUUCGACAGACAAUAGAAAGGUCCCGAAGGACUCCAGUACAAACCAUAAGCAGCAGUUGUUUCUGUCUCUUGUCCACAGAGCAGGAGCUGGAAAAUUUGCUUGCUUUCACGUGGAUAAUUUAUGGUUUAUACUUCAGCUUUAAAUCUGACUAAUUAACUCACUUCAAGGCCUUAAAUUGUCUUCAGUGACUUCUCUUGUUCAUAUAAUAGUUUUGUUUUGUUUUGUUAUUGUGCCUUGUCAGUUUGCCAAGGCCAUGCAGGAUUGCACUAGCUCCACAAUGCAGUAAUAUUGAUAACUGAUAAUACUGGGUUUCAAAGGAUCUUCCAUUAUUUUAAAAACAAAAGAAUUUUAUAGGUUUUGUUCUAUGUGAUCUCCAAGUAUCAAACUAGGUUCUUUUGGAUUUGGAGAUUGCCAGAGGCACCUCCAGUCUCAGUUGUGUAGACACUAAAGAGCCUGUUACCAUCUAGGUAAAUGAUGGCCAUACACUGCUCUGGUUUUUUUUUUUUUUUUUUUUUUUUUUUUUUUUUUUUCAUUUCAAGGCAGGUAAUGAGUUGAUCUAAAGUUUUAGUAAUAUUUGUAGUGUUUGUCUAUAUAUUAACUGCUCAAGAAACUGGGUUUAUGCACAUUUGUAAAGAUUGAAAAAUAAUGUUAAGAUUUCGAUAAAAAGAAAGCAUGGCUUUUGUUAAUAUUUUAAAUUUAUAAUGACUUUCAUUUGAAAGAAAAAUUCAAUAGGCGUUUAAGUCAGGAUGACCAGUGUACAUGUAAUGAGCGGGCCAAUUAAGAAAGGUAUAUUUGCACUUUUAAUGUGGAAGUUUUCUAUGAUGAAUGGUACAUAUAUUUUUUUUAGGUGGAUUAAUAAGAUUUUAAUUAUGUUUCAACAUUUAAAAGAAGUUUUUAUGACAUAUGGAGCCCAACUUGGAUAUUCAUGAUAAUAGAUAAAAUUAUGCUUGAUUAGAUUUCAAAUUAUUAUUAUUUGAGUUUAUUUUAGCUUUAUCACAUUUGGGGAAGGCACCUAACAGUAAAUGAGCCCCAUAUAGUCUGCUUCUUUUCAAAGGAAUUAACAGAUACUUGCUUGUGCACGCUGUGUGGGGAAGCAGAGUGAGUAUGUGCAACCACACUAGGGAUUUUUUCUCCUCGGUGGCUCAGUUGCUAACAUGGUAGAUUAUUGAAAUUUUGCAUAAUGUCAACAGCAUAAAUGUUUCCUGUUAACUGUUUUAAGUGAACCAGUUUUUUAUUGUUAUUAAAGUUUAGCUUUAAACACAAAAAUAUUUUAGUAGUUGGGAGAUCUGUUGUGAUGCAUUGUUCUAGAGAAGCAGGAGUGGUCAGUGUCAGAUCAUUGGUGACUGAAGCACUGAUGAUAUGCUCUCUACAUAAAGAUAGAGCAUGUUACUGGAAAAACAGGUAUAUGUACCUGUAUUUUGCAUAUAUAGCUUAUUCCCUGUAUUAAAUUUUACAUACUUUGUUUAUUUAGUUACAAAAUUCAGGAAAAAAGCAUAUUGUUUUAAAAUAGACAUUUUUAACUAUAGCUUUUUAGCUGUUAACUAAAGCAAUCUUAAAAUACAUUGAGAAAAUACUGUCAAAUCAUUAGUUAUCAAGAGAAAACAAAGAUUGUAGUUUUAGAUAUUUUAGUUUUGAUUCUUUGUUGUGUUAAAAUGGUAAGAUUAUUUGGGAUAGAGGAAAAAUUUUCAAGUGACAGUGGGCUUUACCCUAUAAAAGAAUCAUGAUGAGCAAAAAUUUAUUCCCUUAAUUUCAUCAUAAAACAAGUCCUGUUACAUUAACAGCACAAACUUCUAAACACAUAUAUACACACUUUUAAUACAAGAUAUUUUCAUGGUCUGACAAAAAGCAAAGAUUCCACUCAGCUGGUGGAAUACAUUGUCACAUAUCAUAAAAACACUGUACAUAUGUACAACGUAUGUAAAUUGAUUCAUUGAUUUGGUCUAUAUUUCUAACCAUGGUGAAAUCAGUAGUAAUGCCAUAUAAUAAACAUUGUAAAUGUUGAUUGAUAAUGUUCAGGAUUUUCUUAUACAGGCUUCUGGUUUUACUUUGCUAACAUAUUUUCUACCAAAAAAAUUCAACACUGUGCUCUAUAAAUACCAGUGUUUGCUGAAAUGCCCACAUUUUAGAUGGUACCUACGCUCACAGAAUCAUACAAUCUUUUCUCUCUCUCUUUUUUUUAAUGUGUAUUUUAGUAGUUUUGGUUCUUGAGUGUGUGGUAAAAGGCUGUUUGCAUUUUCCUCAUUCACUCAUUUUUAAACUAUCUAUAUAAAUACAACUUGGGUAUGAUUUUUGCUUAAUGCAGUCUUUGUGCUUUAAGUUACCAGUUUGCUCCUCUUACCUUCUAGUCACCUAAACAAGGCUUUUCUCAGAACACAAUGACUGGUUUUAAAUACUAUAAUUUAAAAAUGUAUCUAUUAGAAAACUGUUCUUUAGAGUAAGAUUUAGAAAUAUGGUAUUUGUGCCUUUUUUAUUGUUUUUCUUUUAAUGUGUUUUGAUAUUUGGAGCACAAAUAUAAAGGUGCCAUAAGAUGGCUUGCUAAUGUUACCUCCUUAAAUAUUUUCUAUGUUACUAUCUUCAAAUAAUAAUUGGAGAACCUUGAACGAAAUGUGGUUCUUUGUGUGAGAUAUGUAUGUGUUUGUAUUUUCUUAAGCUGUGUGAAAUAUGUUUAAGAGUGAAUUUAUGAAAAUAGAACUUAGUUAAAUAUGCGUGUACUUUAUUUAAAAAGACAGUAGAUUGCCAGAAGACAGUGUAAUCCUCAAAAAUGUGACCAGCAUUCUACAUUAUAAAAUAGGAAAAUAGUGCUGUUUUACAUUAUCAAGAAUAAUUAAAUUUUAAAAAUAGUUGCUUUAAAUAUUUUAAAGUGUCAUGAACAUUAUUAUUUUAUUUUUUAACUCGAUCGAAUUGAGAGUUUAAAUUUUCAGAAAUAUUAAUUUGUUCAUUUAAAGCUUUAUUCAUGAAUUUUAAGUUGUUAUGUGAAAUUAUAGAUAAGGGCCUCAAGUAUGGCUCAGUGAUAGAUAGUGUGUUUAUGAAUAUUUGUGAUCCAUGUGUUGGAUCCAUAGCAAUACCAACAAACAAAAAGAUGGGAUCGUAGAUAUGAUUCAUUUAGAAAACAGAAGCAAAGACUUGGGUAAGUUUUAUGAAAAUCUAACGCAGCAGUUUUACUACAAGUCACAUGUUCAUGAAGAGGUGAAGUAAUCUCUUUUGGUCAUGUCUGGUCUUUGAUGGUUACAAUGGAAAUAUUUGUUGUGUUCUUUAGAGAGGUGAGUGGGUGAGUGAGUGGGUUUCAGUGUUCCCAGAAAAUAAAUACAGCACUUUCAGCACGUAUGAGAGUAUUUUACAAAGCUUUUUAUGUAGAGAAUGUGAGCUCCAACUAAAGUGUUCAUGGAAUGAUGUAAGUGUUGGCUAUGUCAAUCUGAAAUAAUACUGAGUGCCUCCAAUGUAAGACUUCUUUACUAGGAAUGAAAUCAUACUGUAUCUUCUGUUGUUGUAUGUAAGUUUAUAUCUGAGAAGUAAUACUUAUUUUUAAAUAUUUUGUUAGUAAAGCUUAUUAUAUACUGUAAUCUAACUAGUAAUUUAGCAUUGCUUACAAAUGAAUUGAGCCCACUUUUUUGAAAAUAAAGUUCUGCUAAAAUUAUUUAAGUUCAGAAGGAAGUUGACUUUUAAAACUCAGACCUUUAACAUUUAAUCUUUCUGGCCUUUAUUUAAUCCAUUUGAUGUUUUAUGAUGAGAUACACACUAUUUGUGUUAUUGUUGGAAAUAGAUUGUGUGUUUCAGCACGUUGAGUUAAAAUAAAAUUGUUACUACUUAUUUAGAAUUAA